UGCGAACGAAGCGGAGCAGCAGAAACACGGCGGAGCGGGCGGCUUCUGGGGCCUAAGAACACACACUCACACGGCAACGACACGGCGACAGCGGCGCUGCUGCGAUGGUCAUCUGGUGAGGCGGCGCCGCCACAGGUUUAAGGAGCGGCAAACAGCCCCCCCGCCACCAGGCUUGCAGAGUGGGACGACUGCAUCUGGCCUCGCAGCCCCCCGCCCCGCCCGCCCCCGACGACCAGCUUCCCGCCGCCAGAUGGACAGCGCCCUCUGAGAGCCGCGCGAGCCAGGACCUGAGAGACCCCACGACCCUCGAGGAGCGGCGACUCGUGGGGGGCGGGACGGGGCGGUGGGUCGAACGCCCACCGGAGCAGGAAAGGGAGGGCGCGUGUUCGGCGAGGGAGAGGCGAGGACGAGCCGCGAUGUCGUCGAACCGGACCCAGAACCCCCACGGACUGAAACAGAUAGGCCUGGACCAGAUCUGGGACGACCUGCGGGCGGGCAUCCAGCAGGUGUACACGCGGCAGAGCAUGGCCAAGUCGCGCUACAUGGAACUCUACACACAUGUAUAUAACUAUUGUACCAGCGUGCACCAGUCCAGCCAGGGCCGCGGCUCGGUGCCGCCGGCCAAGCCCUCCAAAAAGUCCACCACGCCGGGCGGCGCUCAGUUCGUGGGCCUGGAGCUCUACAAGCGGCUCAAAGAGUUCCUGAAGAACUACCUGACCAGCCUGCUCAAGGACGGCGAGGACCUGAUGGACGAGGGCGUGCUGAAGUUCUACACGCAGCAGUGGGAGGACUACCGCUUCUCCAGCAAGGUCCUCAACGGGAUCUGCGCCUACCUCAACCGCCACUGGGUCCGGCGGGAGUGCGACGAGGGACGCAAGGGCAUCUACGAGAUCUACUCGCUGGCACUAGUGACCUGGAGGGAGUGUUUAUUCCGACCCCUCAACAAGCAGGUAACGAACGCGGUGCUGAAGCUGAUCGAGCGGGAGAGGAACGGGGAGACCAUCAACACCCGGCUGAUCAGCGGCGUGGUCCAGUCUUAUGUGGAGCUGGGUCUGAACGAGGAGGACGCCUACGCCAAGGGCCCGACGCUGUCCGUGUACAAAGAGUACUUUGAGUGCCAGUUCCUCACCGACACCGAGCGGUUCUACACGCGCGAGAGCACCGAGUUCCUGCAGCAGAACCCGGUCACCGAGUACAUGAAGAAGGCGGAGGCUCGUCUGCUGGAGGAGCAGCGGCGUGUGCAGGUCUACCUCCACGAGUCCACCCAGGACGAGCUGGCCAGGAAGUGCGAGCAGGUGCUCAUUGAGAAACACCUGGAGAUCUUCCACACGGAGUUCCAGAACCUGCUGGACGCCGACAAGAACGAAGAUCUGGGCCGGAUGUACAACCUGGUCUCGCGGAUCACGGACGGUUUGGGCGAGCUGAAGAAACUUCUAGAGACUCACAUCCACAACCAGGGCCUGGCCGCCAUCGAGAAGUGCGGCGAGGCGGCGCUCAACGACCCCAAAGUGUACGUGCAGACAACCCUGGACGUCCACAAGAAGUACAACGCCCUGGUCAUGUCCGCCUUCAACAACGACGCCGGCUUCGUGGCCGCACUCGACAAGGCUUGCGGCCGCUUCAUCAACAACAACGCCGUGACCCGCAUGGCUCAGUCGUCCAGCAAGUCCCCGGAGCUGCUGGCCCGGUACUGCGACUCCUUACUGAAGAAGAGCUCUAAAAACCCAGAGGAGGCGGAGCUAGAGGACACACUCAACCAAGUGAUGGUUGUGUUCAAGUACAUCGAGGACAAAGACGUCUUCCAGAAGUUCUACGCCAAGAUGCUCGCCAAGCGCCUCGUCCACCAGAACAGCGCCAGCGACGACGCCGAGGCCAGCAUGAUCUCCAAGCUGAAGCAAGCGUGCGGCUUCGAGUACACGUCCAAACUGCAGCGGAUGUUCCAGGACAUCGGAGUCAGUAAAGACCUCAACGAGCAGUUCAAGAAGCACCUGACCAACUCUGAGCCUAUGGACUCUCCUCUGGGCGGCGUCCAGAUAAUGGACUUCAGUAUCCAGGUGCUCAGCUCCGGGUCCUGGCCGUUCCAGCAGUCCUGCACCUUCGCGCUGCCUUCCGAGCUGGAGCGGAGCUACCAGCGCUUCACGGCGUUCUACGCCAGCCGGCACAGCGGCAGGAAGCUGACGUGGCUCUACCACCUGUCCAAAGGAGAGCUGGUCACCAACUGCUUCAAGAACAGGUACACGCUGCAGGCCUCCACCUUCCAGAUGGCCAUCCUGCUGCAGUACAACACGGAGGACAGCUACACCGUCCAGCAGCUGACGGACAGCACGCAGAUCAAAACCGACAUUUUGGUUCAAGUUCUGCAGAUUUUGUUAAAAUCGAAGCUUCUGGUGAUGGAGGACGAGAACGCCAAUGUGGACGAAGUGGAUUUCAAACCCGACACCGUCAUCAAACUCUUCCUCGGAUACAAGAAUAAGAAGCUGAGGGUGAACAUCAACGUGCCGAUGAAGACUGAGCAGAAGCAGGAGCAGGAGACGACUCACAAGAACAUCGAGGAGGACCGCAAGCUCCUCAUCCAGGCUGCCAUCGUGAGGAUCAUGAAGAUGAGGAAGGUCCUGAAGCACCAGCAGCUUCUGGCUGAAGUGCUGAACCAGCUGUCUUCCAGGUUCAAGCCCAGAGUCCCCGUCAUCAAGAAAUGCAUCGACAUCCUGAUAGAGAAGGAGUACCUGGAGCGAGUGGACGGUGAGAAGGACACGUACAGCUACCUGGCCUGAACGUCCUCCUCCUCCCUCCCUUCCCUUGCCUCCUUCCCUCCUCCCCGCCCGCCCUCCGUUUUAUUUGUUAUAUUCAUUUUUUUUUUCUUUUUAAUUUUAUGUCUGAGUAAUAAAGUGAGGAUCCCUCUGAGCAGCGGA